CUCAGUGUUGCAACACCAGUGUUUUAAGUACCUCUACACAUCAUGCCUUUCUGUCCUGCGGCUGAUCUUGUAUUUAUUUCCUGACGGCACAGGACCGCGCGCUUGGCACUGCCGUUCUCCAUCCCCGCUGCUAAUGUGGCAGCAGCCAAAGGGCUGCAAGCGACCGCCGGGGAAAGGAGCCGCGCGGCGAAGCCUGCGGGAUGCACGCAGCUGCAGGGCCGUGACCCAGCUGCGCUCUCCCCGUUCCCAGCCGGGAUUCUCCACCCCGCUGGGUGGGAUCUCUCCGCUCCCCUUAAAGCGCAGCGGGCGGCGGGGCUCGGCUGCCCCACGAGUCGUUCGGAGGGACAGAUAUCGCUGUGAGUGGACGUGACACGGUUCUUGUCGUUCGUUCCAUGGCAGAACUUGAAGCCAGAGAAGCCUGUGCCUGGCUGCGAGCCGCCGGCUUUCCCCAGUAUGCCCAGCUGUUUGAAGAUAUGCAGUUUCCUAUUGACAUAAGGACCGUGAGGAAAGACCAUGAAUUUUUAGAUGGAGAUGCAAUCGAAUCACUGUUCAGACGGCUGAACACGUUGAAUAAGUGUGCAUUGAUGGAAGUGGAAAUAAACUGUCAGAGGAACCAGAGUGACGACUCCGAUGAUGACGAACCUUGUGCAAUAAGUAAUAAAUGGGCGUAUGAGCGAUGCAGCCAGAAAUGGUUUCGCCUUGAGAGCCUGGAAGAUUCCACAGAAGGUGCUGGUGCAUCCCUCCCAGGCAGCCCAAUGCUGAAGAGCACUGGCAAUGAAGACAGAGCCCUUUUGGACCAUGGUGACAAACACGAUGUGUCGUCAAUUCAUAGCACUAGCAGUGGUGACAGCGAUGCUGUUACCUCCCCGAAGUCUUUUGAAGACAUGGAAACCAGCCCGAGUUCCUCCAGUAGAGUCGCUUCACUGGAAUCUGCCUUUAGUUGUUCACCUCCCCCCAGUGAAUGUUUAAAUGCCACCAGUGAGAAGAAGCUUUGGGAUAAGUCACCGUACAAAAAGAGGAAGAGUCUUCUAAAGAAAAUGGAGAAGUUGCACUUAAGGAGCAGCAACUUAAGGAGUGGUCAGUCGAAGGCCAAACCCAUCAUAAGUGAACCUUUCCUUCUGGAAGGACUUAAUGAGGAGAAGAUGAAGAUGCUUAAUUGUGUAAAUAUCGCUGACCUCCCUGGCAUCCAAACGAAGAACAAUUCUUCCUGUUCUCCUCCUAGCUGCAGUAGCAACAAUAAGUUUGAAAGCAGCAGGACGGUGAGCACUGCCCGUCCUCUUAAAAAACCAGAAAGCUGCUGUGAAAGAAAGGAGAGGUGUGCUGAGGACUUGGAGUGUGGCAAAUUACUGCUGUGGAGUGAUGUAUCUCAGAGAAACCUAAACAAUGAAGUAGAGUUACAAACGAACCCGAUGUUUCAAGUACCACACGGCCACAAACCUGGCACUUUCCCCAAAGCCCUUAUGAAAAGUCCCAUCUCUCCAGGAGAUGACUCUCCUGUCAGCUGGAGAACUGGCUGCAGGAGGGGCCAGAGCAGAAGCAGGUCCAAGGACUCCAGAGCCUCCAGCAGCCCCAUCUCGCGCACAGAUAACAGGCUGAGUGUGUAUGACAACAUACCUAAUGUUGAACUUGAUAAGCUGGAGGCAGCAGAAGUUGGAGAUGACGAUGUUUUUUCAGAACUGAACAGUGUUAUAGAAGAUGUCAAGGGUCUCAGAAAGCUGGUUGAUCAGUGGGCGGAGAAGUUCUCAGAUGAUGGGUAUUUGGACUUAUCCAGUGACUUUACGGCUCUGUAUCCGUCCUCACCUACAGAAAUCUGUCUUGACACAGAGCACUCGGAAGUUAAGAAAGUAGCUGUGCUGUCCUCUGAGGGAGAGGACAGCUGUGAGCUGGGAAAGGAGCUCGGCUCUACAGAGCUGCCGUUCAUAACAGACCCUACAAAGACCAACAGGCACAGGAAGCAAAAUGGGUCUGUGGAAGACAGCAGGAAGGUGGAGGGCUUUUCCAUGCAGGCUGAAGGUCCAUCGGCUGCCCAGCUGGCCCGGGCACAGAAGCUGGCAUUGCUGAAACUCACUGCUGUCAUGGACAGAUACUCCCCUUCCAGUAAGCAGGGCUGGAACUGGACUAUACCAAAGUCAAAAAAAAUAAAAGCCUCUGACUACAAGGACAAAAAUGUCUUUGGGGUCCCCUUGCUGCUGAACGUUCAGCGAACAAACCACCCGCUGCCUAUCGGCAUCCUGCAGGCGCUGGAUUAUUUAAGAAGCCACUUUCUCGACCAGGUUGGCCUGUUCCGCAAAUCUGGUGUUAGAUCCAGGAUCCUGUCCUUAAGAGAAAUGAAUGAAACCAGCUCAAACAGUGUGUGCUACGAAGGGCAGUCAGCCUUUGAUGUGGCAGACAUGGUGAAGCAGUAUUUCCGAGACCUACCUGAGCCCAUAUUUACCAGCAGGCUCUGUGAAUCCUUCCUCCACAUCUACCAAUAUGUGCCAAAGGACCAGCAGCUGCAGGCUGUCCAGGCUGCCAUUCUCCUUCUGCCAAAGGAGAACCGAGAAGCCUUGAAAAUUCUCCUGUUCUUCCUACGUGAUGUGGUUGCGUGUGUUGAGGAAAACCAAAUGACCCCAACCAACAUUGCUGUCUGUCUCGCCCCGUCGCUCUUCCACCUCAACACCCUCAGACGGGACAGUUCCUCCUCCUCCACUCGAUCGAGCCAGAGGAAGUGCAGCCUGGGGAAGCCGGACCAGAGGGAGUUGAGCGAGAACCUGGCAGCCACGCAGGGCUUGGCCCACAUGAUAACAGAGUGCAACAGGCUCUUCCAGGCUGACUUCCCAGCUUGACCUUGGCCUUUCCUUGUUAUUAUGGACUUUGCUGGCACUCACUGGACUGGGACUCACACUGGCUGCUAUCACCGAUCCUGAGCCUGCUCUGUUGGCUGCUGCCCCACCUCCCUGGCACACUCAGCACUCCUCAACAAGGAUGUCCCCGAUGAUCUGCACUUGGGGCUGACCCUGUUUUCCACUAUUGUCUGCUGCCACGCUCUCAGGUACUGGGGGAUGGGGUGGCUUGUCCUGCAGCCUUGUCACAACUGAUUCCCAGCCCCCUUAUCCCAGGGAGCCCUUGGUGCAUCCCAUCAUUCAGCUCUGGCGUUUUUUCUUGCACAUAGCUCUUAGCAGUAUGGAGCCCUGCAGCCACUGCCAGGGAGGGGUGUCCUGAUCUCUCUCCUCCUCGCUCUCAGUCCCAGCCCUACUGGAUUGCCCCAGAGCUACCCUUGGGCCAGGAGACAUCCUGCACCUUCCUGCUAUGACUGGUGCACUGUGAGGGGCUGUGACCUUCUGGGAGAGGGGCCUGGUGCUGGCAACUGGGGACAGCAGAGCCAGGGUUGUUCCCUUUCCUGAUGGUGGACCUCUACCUGGAUUGGGACCUGCUCAGCCAGACCCAUGCCUUUUUCACUAGAACACGCCUGACCCUGGCUGCUGUCUCUAACCAGACCCUGCCUGGCUUGGCCUUGUCAUCCACAGCUGGUGCUGGAACUUGUGCUCAGCUGCCAAGCACUGCUCAGGUACUGUGGGAUGGCAAUGGGGCCCUGCUCAGCCUUCUGAGGCAGGACAGUUCUGCCACAGGAUGGGGGCAGCUGUAGGAGGUGAUACUCACAAACAUUUGUAUCAGCAAGCAGGUAAACCAAGUGAGACACCCACUGUCACAGUCCUUGCAGAGGAUGGCACAGGGGAAAUGCCUGUGCCUGCUGCCAGUAGUGUUCAAAGUCCCCUGAGGCCUCAAGCACCUUUGCUGGUUUAUCUCUCCUGCACCUGAGCUCUCCUUUUGCUUUGGGUUUGUUGGAAGGUGCAGUAACAGGGAAAGCAGCAUGGAGUUCCCGUUUUGCCAGCUGUGAGGACUCUGCUAGUAGAACUGCCCUAAGCUUGUGCAGACUUAGCAGAACAGUGUGGCUGCAUGCAUGCAGCUUAGCAGCUGGGCUCUGAGGGCAGGAAACCACUGCUUGGCUGGAUCCUAGUACAGGGCUCUUGCAAGGCAUAGGAAUGUGGAGUGUUCUUGCAGGUGGAUCCCUCAGUGGUCUCCACUGACCUGCUAAGUGUCAAUUCACAGCCUCCUGCUGUUUAAAGCUUUCUCUGAGAGGGGUUGGAGUCAGGGUGCCCCAGCAGGGGUAAUGCAGCGAUGCCAUGUGAGCCUUGCAUAGCACCCCUGAUCCCACUCAGUCUCUUGCUCAUUAUCUUUUCCUUCCCCAUCCACAGAUCAAGCCAGAGAAGAGCUUGACCUCUUCUGCAGCUACAAGUGUGCAGCCCUAUCAGUUCACUAACACCUUCCAUGCAGUGAGCACCCUGAGCACCCACCCCGCACUGAGUUGAGGGCAGUGAAAGGCACCAUCGAACAUCAGGUGCACCUUGCAGAUGCCUUGUAUUUCUUAUUUCUCAAACUCCAGGAUAAAGAGUAGAGCCAUGGGGAUUCAGUUCCUGUGACCAGAAAUGCUCUGAGCUGUGCCCACAGCACCCGCUGCUGCCUCUGGACCU